AUUUGUUUUGUAAACAACCUGGUUCCAGUGUUUCUAUAAUUUUAAAAUUCAAUAUUUCUCAUAUAUCUUAGAAUCUGUAAAAAUAGUAUCUCGAUCCUUUGAUCGGCUAAUCAAUAACGAAUUAACCGAGUUAAAUCUUUCAAGAAGUUAAUAUGAAUAAGAAAAAUAUGGCAAUUGAUUUCCAAGACAAUAUGAUAUUGUUAACAAGAAAAUAUUUAAAACGUAAGAUUAUGUGUCCUGAGACAAAGUUCAGGCAUCAUAUUAAAGAAAGAAUGCAUAUAUUAGAGUUGUUAAAAAGAACAGUGGAAAUGGGUGAAAGUAAUUCUGCUUUGUUAAUUGGACCUAGGGGUAGUGGAAAAACAACAUUGAUAAACAGUGCUUUAAAAGAAUUGUCGUAUAUAAAAAGUUUCAAAGAGAAUGCAUUGAUAGUGAAUCUUCAUGGUCUUGUUCACACUGAUGAUCGCUUGGCUUUGAAAGAUGCUACACGUCAAAUGCAAUUGGAAAAUGUGGUUGGUGAUAAAGUUUUUGGCACUUUUGCUGAAAAUUUGACUUUUCUUCUUGAUUCUUUAAAGUCAGGCGAUAAGAAACGUUCCAAACCAGUUAUUUUCAUAUUAGAUGAGUUUGACUUGUUUUGUCAACACCACAAUCAAACUCUGUUAUAUAACUUGUUUGAUGUUGCUCAAUCUGCACAAGCUCCUAUAUGUGUGAUUGGAAUGACUUGUAGAUUAGAUGUUAUAGAACUCUUAGAGAAAAGAGUUAAAUCAAGAUUUUCUCAUCGACAAAUAUUUUUAUUUCCUGGAGAUACAUCAUCUUCAGAACAACCAACAUCUGCCUUUGAUGAUCGUUUAGAACUUUUUCAACAUCUUUUAAGUCUUCCUGACGAUGAGAAUGUAAAUAGGAUAGAGCAUCAAUAUGAAGAUUGUACAAUAGACCCACAGUUUGGAUCUGUGUGGAAUGAAUAUAUAAAAAGUUUAGUUAGUAAUGCUACUAUGGUGAAUCUAUUAAAAAGAAUGUAUCAGAUUGAUAUUAGUGAAAGAAGCUUUAGAAACUUUUUAGCAAUGGCUGUUUCUACAUUGUCAGAGAAGCAUCAGAGAUUAGAAGUAAAUGAUUUUGUAGAAGCAAGCAAAAUGUUUACCCAAGAUGACAAGGUGCUAAUGCUUGAGGGAUUGUCUGUAUUAGAAAUGUGUUUAAUAAUAUCAAUGAAACAUGAAACAGAAAUUUAUGAUGGGGAGCCAUUUAAUUUUGAAGCAAUUUAUAAUCGUUACAUAAAAUUUGCUAAUCAAAAUUCUUCUAUACAAACUGUUCAAAAGCCUGUCAUUAUGAAAGCAUUUGAACAUAUUAAGAAUUUAGAAUUUUUAUUACCAGUGGGUGGUAUGAAUUCAAAAGUUGAGAAAGAGUAUCAAUAUUAUAAAUUUUUACUCACCCCACAGCAAGUUCUAGAAGCUGUAAAAAAUUAUUCUGGAUUACCAACAGAGGUGGCUCAAUGGGCAGUAAUUAAUAUGUAAUCAUGGAUUAUUCAUAAAAUUGCAGAUACUAAAGUUACAUGUAUAAUGUAAUCAGUUAUUUGCAAUUUUAGCCAACAAAUAAGUAUUUUGCAGAAUAAGUAUGAGAUUUGUAUUUUUUAAAAUGUAUUCUUUUUUACUAUAAUUAUUUAUUUAAAAAAGCUGAAAUUUGUUUCCUAUACUAUAUUUUGUAUAAGCAUCUUACACAUAUAUUCAUUUCAAAAUCAUAUAAUUUUACAUACAUAAAAUUAUACAUAUUAGU